GGAAAGCAUCAGCGGAAGCCAGUAAUGUCAACCCAGAUGUACAUUGCUUGAAAUUGAAUGUGUGCUGUUUUGCGGUUUAAGAAAUCUUUUUGGUUGACCAACUCUUGAUGAGCUUAAGCAGGACAUUGUGAGGUCCAAUCUACAUAAUGGAUCAAGAACAUUCAACGCUUGGAUUGAAAGAUGUCUGUUAUGCCCAGCAAGAACCUUUAUCUCCAAAUCUAAAUGAUGCUGAAAAAGUAGACAACGGAUUUCUUUCCCAAGAUCUAAAUGUAGUAGAAGUCAUUGAAAUAGGAUUCUUACCACAAGUCCUGAAUUCUGUAAACUUGGAUGAUGAUAUUGGGGACUCGUCUCAAGAGCUGAAUGCCAUAGAAUCUGAGAAUGGAGGCAUCCCACUUGAGCCAAGUCUUGGUGAACUAUUCAUAAAAGACAGAGAUACAAGUCUUCAGCAAGAUGAUUCUCAAAUCUCUGUUAGAUGGCCAAUCACUGACAAACAGCCCAAAGAUUGGAAAACACAAGAGCAUGUUAAGAAAUCUGUUCAACCUUUGAUGAAAAAGAAAGUGAACAAUUCCAGAUCUUCUGCGGCAUUGUUGACUUGUAAGAUUUGCCACAAAAAAUUUUCUACUAAAUCAAGUUUGAACCGCCACAGAGUUGUCCAUACAGGAGAAAAGCCUUAUGAGUGUCAGAUAUGUCAGUCAAAGUUUUCCUAUGUAGUCGACUUGCGAGGGCACAUGAUGAGCCAUACAGGUGACCACCCUUUCAGAUGUACUGUUUGCGGUAAAGGAUGUCGUAAUUCUACAGAUUUUCAAAAGCACAGCUUGAAGCACACAAAAGUAAAAGCUUUUCAAUGUGACGUGUGCCAUAAAAGGUACAAAACAAAUACCAGUUUAAAAUUGCACCAAAUAGUACACAGUGAACAGGCCAAGAGAUUCCAGUGUCUGCUUUGCAAUAGACUAUUUCUUCAUCCCACUAUUUUAAGAGUGCACGUCUCUAGACAUGUCGAGGACAGACCAAACGAGUGCUUGGUCUGCAAGAAAGUUUUUAGAAAACUUUCUAGUCUCAAGGACCAUCAAAAACUUCACGAAGAAAAGCGGUUCAAGUGUCCUGUUUGCUCAAAAGCAUUUCACAAUCAGUCGCAGUUGAAAAGACACAGCUCAACCCACUCUGGACAACUCUUCGAAUGUCUCAUUUGCCAUUGGUCGUAUAAGAACAGCUUUAAUUUUGAAAAACAUCAAGAAUUGCACAAGAACGUUGGGGAACAAUACAAGUGCAAUCUUUGUGAACUGCCGUUUGUCUGCUCUGAGCAUUUGAAAAUCCACAUCAACACUCAUAAUGGGAAUCGUUCCAAAUGUGAACUCUGCGACAAAGAGUUAGCUAACAUCUAUAAAUUACGUAGGCACAAGAAGCAUGUUCAUUCGAAAGCACGUUUUGGACAGCCCAAUUUAAAUCCUACACAAGAAUCUGACAAAAGACACACACUAGAAAUUAUAGCUUCGGAACUAGCAGACAAUGGACAAGUAUCUUCACAACCUUCAACAGACCUUAAUGUAAUAGCAUACCAAGGCGGAGCUUCUUUAAAUACAGACGGCAAACAACAAGGCACUGUUGAAAUCAACUGUCCAAAUGAUAACCAACAUGGAAGCAUUGUUAUGAAUGGUAUGAAAGAUCUAGGCACUGCUGAUAUCAGAGGCCUAGACAGCAAGGCAUUCCCUAGAGCUCAAAUGCGUGACAUUGGAAAAGAAAACGAAUGGAGGUGUCAAAUCUGCAACAAUACGUUUGUAAGUGAAACAAAUUUACAAAAUCACCAAAGUCUUCAUAUCUCAAACUGGAAAUGUGACAUUUGUGGGAGGGUAUUGCUGACUGAUUCAUCAUUACAAAAACACAAAUUGAUUCAUACUGCCGAGAAACCCUUUGAGUGCCCGAUUUGCCAGAAAAAAUUUUCUCAAAGUGCGCAAUUAAAAUACCACAGCCGUGUACACGCUGAAGAAAAACGGUUUAAAUGUUUAACAUGCCACAAAAGCUUUAAACACAACUCAACUUUGCAAGAGCACACUAGGAUUCAUACAGGAGAGAAACCUUUCAAGUGUUCACUUUGUGCAAAUACAUUUUCUACACGGAAAAAGUUACAAAUGCAUGGCUUGAAACAUCAAAAUCCUUUUAAAUGCUUGACUUGCAAUAAAACAUUUUCUUGUAGCUUAGCCCUAAACCGGCACAAGACGGUUCAUACUGGAGAGAAACCCUUUGAGUGCCCAAUUUGCCAGAAAACAUUUUCUCAAAGUGCACAAUUAAAAUACCACAGCCGUGUCCAUGCUGAACAAAAACGGUUUAAAUGUUUAACAUGCCACAAAAGCUUUAAACACAACUCAACUUUGCAAGAGCACAUUAGGAUUCAUACAGGAGAGAAACCUUUCAAGUGUUCAGUUUGUGCAAAUACAUUUUCCACACGGAAAAAGUUACAACAUCACGGCUUGAAACAUCAAAAUCCUUUUAAAUGCUUGACUUGCAAUAAAACAUUUUUUUGUAGCUUAGCCCUAAACCGGCACAAGACGAUUCAUACUGGGGAGAAGCCCUUUGAGUGCCCGAUUUGCAAGAAGACAUUUACUUAUCGUGCAAAUUUAAAAACUCAUAGCCGUGUCCAUGGUUAUGAUGCAGGAAAGUGUUUUAAAUGUGCAGUAUGUCAUAAAGGCUUUAACUUCAAUGCAACUUUGCAAGAGCACACUAGGAUUCAUACAGGAGAGAAACCGUUUGAGUGUUCAAUUUGUAAGACGAGCUUUUCUACACGGAGAAAGUUAAAAAAGCACAAAAUGCGCCAUCUUGGGGUCCGACCAUACGAAUGUCCCAUUUGCAAGAAAGCAUACUUUGAAAGUAAGUCACUGAAACUCCAUAGCUUUACACAUGCUGAUGAAAAACCUUUUAAAUGCUCAAUAUGUCCUAAACAAUUUGCAUUGGAAAGAAGCUUUAACAAACACAUUAGGAUUCAUACUAAAGAGAAACCAGCUGAGGGAGACAAAUCCUUUGAAUGUUCCAUAUGCAUGAAAACCUUUCAUUGCAGUCGCAGUCUGAAAAUUCACAGCCAUUUACAUUUUGAUGAUAAACCUUUUAAAUGUUCAAUUUGUCACAAAGGAUUCACCCUAAAGAGAACUUUACAGGAGCACAGUAUGAUUCACACCGGAAAGAAACCCUUUGAAUGUCAUGUGUGCAAGAAAGCCUUUUCUAACAAGUAUAGAUUAAACACGCACAGCUCCAUACAUUUUAAAGAAGUCGCAAAAACAACUGAUAAAGAAAACAUGUCUACCCAGCUGUCAGGAGAAGCUUGUGAUGGCCUGAUUCAAACAAAUCUUUCAAAACAUACAAAUGACAACACACAUGAUGGUCAACUGUCAUGCACUACAGACAAAUUACAGACAGAAGUUUUAGGAGAAGCUACUUUUGUAAAGAGCAGUACUGCUGUUACUCGGAAUGGAAAAUCAUUGCAGUGUGUCAUGUGCAACAAGCAGUUUCAGAAUAGCUGCGAUCUAAACGCGCACAAUCAGAUUCAUUUUGAGGAGCAAAUAUUCAGAUGUCUUAUUUGCAGUUCUGAAUUUACGCACCGACGAGCUUGGCAGCUCCAUCUUUCAAGUCAUUCCGGAGAACGAGAAUUCAGCUGCUCAACGUGUAGUAAAGAUUUUACUAGUCGAUUGCCCUGGAGACAGCACUAUCUGCGGCAUGUAGAAAUCAAGCCUUUUCGAUGUCUUAUUUGCAAGAAAACUAUACAUUACAACAGCACCGGGCAUAAACGGUUGCAUAAUACUAAAAGCACUUUUCACUGUAGGAUAUGCAAUAAGGUAUGUAACCAAACUUCCAAAGCCUCUCAUAUGCAUAAUUAUACUGGGGUGCAGAGACCCUUCCAAUGUCUGCUUUGCAGUAAAGCAUUCAUUUUAGAGGCCCAUUUGAAAAGACAUUGGCUAACUCACACUGGGGACAAGCCAUUCAAGUGUGCCGUAUGCAUGAGAGAAUAUGCUGACAAAAAGAAAAUGCUUCGCCAUCAGCUGAAACACGAACGCGAGAGCGGCUUGAUGACGUGCCAUCUUUGCAAUCAGGACUUCACCCGCUUCCAACAGCUUGAAAGUCACAUUCUGUGGCAUCUUGGGAAAAAAACAUUCCAUUGCCUUGUGUGCAAUAUAAUGUACCGAAACAAGGGGUGUCUCUUCAAGCAUGUGGAGAAACACGUUCUGGAGACCAAAGCCCCCAACCCAUCGUUUGAAUUAGUGUCCAAGAUAUUUUUUGACCCUGGCUAAUAUAGUUUGUAGAAUAUCUGAUUCUAAAAGCAAGUUAUAAUGAAACAGGAAACCUCUAGGGAUUUUUUUUUUUU